CAGCAGCAGCAGCAGCAGCGCCUGGUCCUUCCUCCUCUCUCUGGCUUUGGCGCCAUGAAGAUGCACUUCAGCAUCCCUCUCUCUGAGGAGCUCCUGGAGAAGUUUGGCGGGCGCUUUGUGCUGUAUUCUGUGUAUCUGGAAGGCUUCCUUUUCUGCAAGGUUCGUUACAGUCAACUGCACCGCUGGAAUGAACAGUUAAGGCGUGUCUUCGGACGAGGAGUGCCUUCCUUUCCUCCCAAAUUCUACCUUGCAAUGACAAAGUCAAUGGCUGAUGAAAGGAGAGCUCAGCUAGAACAAUAUCUACAGAAUGUGUCAAUUGAUUCAAGUAUCACAAACAGUGAUGUCUUUAUCAGUUUCUUUAGGAAAUUGCAGCAGGAUACUUUUAAAAUCCAAACCCAACAAGCCUUUCUGGAUAUUUAUCUUGCUGAUGGAAGAUAUCUCAGAAUUGAUAUUCAGACAUCAGAUACUGCUGAAAGGGUGCUAGAGGUUGUAUCAUACAAGAUUGAGCUUUCAAGAGAACUACUAGGUUAUUUCAGCUUAUUUCUUAUUCAAGAUCACAAUGAUGGAAAGCUAUCUGUACUGAAAAAACUGGCAGAAUUUGAACUCCCGUAUGUGAGUCUUCGCAGUAUGAAGGAAUCAUCUUGUAAAAUUGGGAUCAGAAAAGGUUGCACAAAUGCAGUCCCCAGGGCAGCCAGUCAUUUUGCAAGCACAUGCAGUCCUUCUCUCAUUUCUGACAUGGGGAAUAUGGAGCUAAUUGAGUGUUGUUUAGUGGGUGAACUCAAGGCCAUUGUGCCUAUUAUGCGGUUGGUUCCCUUGCCAUCUUCCUACAUUGUGUCAUAUAUAACCCACUGUUCUCCGCCAGUUUCUCUUUCUCUUGCACAGUUCUUAGAGGUGGUUCAGGAGGUCCAGCAUUAUGGAUAUAUACAGCUUGAUCCUUGCUCUUGUGACUACCCUGAAGUAGGCUGUACUGCUGCUAUUCAUGUUGGAAAUAAUGAGAUUAGCUGCUGCAUAAAGUUGCCUAGUAACCAGAUCAAAGAGGUCAGCUUCAAGAUCAACCGGGUGAGGUGCUGGCAGGUCACAUUUCUAGGAUCUGUUACAGGUCAAGGACUUGACCAGUUUUUGGAACUCAGGUUUGAAUACAAUGAUUCUGAUACAUGGAAAUGGAUUGUCUUUAAUACAAAACAGGCAUUUCUACUAAGCAGUUGCUUAAAAAAGAUAAUAUCGGAGCAGCUGAUGACAACAACCAAAAGUGAUCAAGAAAUGCAGAUUGAACUUCCUGAACCAGAUAAAGCAAAGAAGGCAAGCAUCCAUCCAAGUCAGAUAUUUCAUUCUGGUUUUAAGCCACGAAAAAAGAUACCAACUAGUAGAUCAAGCGAAGAUGACUGUGUGUUUGAGAAGAUAAGUGAAGAGGAUUUGUGAUCUUCAGCUGCUGCUUUUGGAUAAUUUUUUUAAAAAGGAACAACCAACAAUUAGUGCAGUUGUCCUCCAAUGGCAAUUUACAUUUUCUGUCUCUUGGUUGGAUAGAACAUCUUGAUAUUUUAAAAACAUCAGUAAAUCAUGCCUGGGAGAGCCAUAAUUUCCAGCAAUUGGAAAGAAAUCUGUAAAUAUUUUUGCACAUAUACUUGGUUUUACUUUAAUUUUUAAACAUGUACAGGAAUUUAAAAACGGAAAAUAGCUUUUUGUUUGCUGCAAGUGUUGAAAAAAAUGUGGCAUUAUGUGGUUAAUCACUGGAAUGUCAACCACUGUUCUGUUUCAAGGGGUACAAUCUUUCCCUGCCGCUUUUCAAUCCAAUGGUAAGUUAAGCCAUGCACUGAAUGUUGGCAGGAUCUCUCUGUGUACAGUAGUACAUGAUGCAAUCUCGUCGUGAUCUCCCAAGUCAAACAGGCAGAAUUUACUUGUAGGACUUUUUCUGCAGUUCUUUUGGUCCCUCCAAGAUCUGUUGCAUGAAAAUGUUCAUUUAAUGUGUUUGACUCUCUUCUUCCCGCAUCCUUCCUCCCCUACUUUGCACUGGUUGCUGGAAUGCAUCGCCCUCAGGACUGUCGGUCCCCUCCUUUAACUGUUCCAAUACAAUACAGUCUCUGUUUGUUUUUUAAACCUAUUACAUUUUGUAUAAGGAAUUUUUAAAAAAAUAAUUAUGCAGGAUGUGGGGGGUAACUUGUAGCAAAAACCUACCAGUAUGCUAAAUAUAAGCACUG